CAUCACGAGGAACACGAGUUCAUACUGUGCUUGCUCCGCUGUGUUGUUGGUCAGAGGAGCUGGAGACGCGUGGUGGGAGCAGACAGGUCUGAUGCAUGAGUCAAGGAAACCCGCAGAGGAGAUGAAGGCGGACUCCGAUUGGCUGUGAUUUUUAAAAGCCCUCUUCUUUUAAAAGCGGUUGCCCACAAUCAAGAUGGCAGAGCGCUCGGCCACAGUGCCCACUUUAAAGAUGGCGGCGCUCAGCCGGGUCCGAGUUCUGGCUCUGGUAUUCUUUACAGUCAGCGGCUGUUUGGUGAGCUUGUCCAGCGGCGAGGAAGGGGCAGAAGAGACGGUUAUCAUUGGGCUCAGACUAGAAGACACAGACGACGUUUCCUUUAUGGACGGGGGGUCCCUGCGGGUCAGCGAAAGGACCCGGGUCAAGCUGAGAGUCUAUGGGCAAAACAUUAACAACGAGACGUGGUCCAAAAUCGCCUUUACAGAGCAUGAGCGGAGCAAAGUCGUUGGCAACAUUGACAGCACCACUAGGGAUAAUAAGAGCAAAGAGGAUACCUCAAGCUAUCAUCCCUGUGGCAUUAGGACUUCGGAUAUUAUAAUUUUGCCCAAUAUUGUCUUAAAUAGAAAGACUUCUGGCAUAGUGGAAAUUGAAAUUAAGCCUCUGCGGAAAACGGAGAAGAGCAAAGCCUACUACUUGUGCAUUGCCAUGCCAACACCUGCUGUGUCUGGCGUGCACGACCCAUGGACUGAGACCACCUGGAUCUACCAUGACGGAGAGGACACGAAAGUGAUAGUGGUGGAGGAGAGGAAGUUCUUGCUGCCCUUUUGGCUGCAGGUCAUUUUCAUCUCGCUGCUGCUCUGUCUCUCGGGCAUGUUCAGUGGGCUGAACCUGGGACUGAUGGCGCUGGACCCCAUGGAACUACGCAUCGUCCAGAACUGCGGCACGGAGAAGGAGAAGAACUACGCCAAGAAAAUCGAGCCGGUCCGGAGUCAAGGGAACUACCUGCUCUGCUCGCUGCUCCUGGGGAACGUGCUUGUGAACACCACCCUGACCAUUCUGUUGGAUGACAUCGCAGGCUCAGGGUUGAUAGCUGUGGUGGUGUCCACCAUCGGGAUCGUGAUCUUUGGCGAAAUUGUGCCCCAGGCGAUCUGCUCCCGGCACGGUCUGGCUGUAGGUGCGAACACCAUCUUUCUGACCAAAUUUUUCAUGCUGCUCACUUUUCCUGCGUCGUACCCCGUGAGCAAACUCUUGGACUGCGUCUUGGGGCAGGAGAUUGGCACGGUGUACAACAGGGAGAAGCUCCUGGAGAUGCUGAGGGUCACAGAUCCCUACAAUGACCUGGUCAAAGAGGAGCUCAACAUCAUCCAGGGCGCCCUGGAGCUCAGGACUAAGACCGUGGAAGAUGUCAUGACUCCCCUGCGCGACUGCUUCAUGAUCACCGCCGACGCCAUCCUCGACUUCAACACCAUGUCUGAGAUCAUGGAGAGUGGGUACACUCGGAUCCCCGUCUACGAAGGGGAGAGAUCUAACAUUGUGGACCUUCUGUUCGUUAAGGACUUGGCCUUUGUCGACCCGGACGACAGCACACCAUUGAAAACCAUCACCAAGUUCUAUAGCCAUCCCUUGCAUUUUGUUUUCAAUGACACCAAACUGGAUGCCAUGCUGGAGGAAUUCAAGAAAGGUAAAUCCCACUUGGCGAUAGUGCAGAGGGUGAAUAAUGAGGGGGAAGGAGACCCAUUCUAUGAGGUGCUGGGGAUCAUCACAUUGGAGGACGUUAUAGAAGAGAUCAUCAAGUCCGAAAUCCUGGAUGAGACAGACUUGUAUACUGACAACAGGACAAAAAAGAAAAUAACUCACCGUGAGAGAAAGCAGGAUUUCUCGGCCUUCAAGCCGACAGACAAUGAGAUGAAGGUUAAAAUAUCACCUCAGCUUCUGCUGGCAACACACCGUUUCCUAGCAACAGAGGUGGAGCCCUUCAGCCCUGCUCAGAUGUCAGAGAAGAUUCUCCUCCGGCUCCUCAAACACACCAAUGUCAUCCAGGAGCUGAAAUAUGAUGACAAGAACAAAAAGACCCCUGACCACUACCUCUACCAUCGCAACAAGCCCGUUGACUACUUCAUUCUCAUCUUACAGGGGAAGGUGGAGGUGGAGGCAGGGAAGGAGGGGAUGAAGUUUGAAGCAGGAGCUUUCUCCUACUAUGGAAUGAUGGCCCUCACAGCCUCCCCAGUUCCUCUCUCCCUGUCUCGUACCUUCGUGGUCAGUAGGGCUGAAUCGCUAGCGGGAUCUCCAGAAAACAAGUCUCCUCCGCGGCCCUGUGGUCUGAACCACUCGGAUUCCCUGAACCGCAGUGACCGAAUUGAUGCCAUCACUCCGACGCUGGGAAGCAGCAACAACCAGCUGAACGCUUCCUUCCUACAGGUGUAUGUGCCAGACUACUCAGUCAGGGCAGUCACAGACCUGCAGUUUGUCAAGAUCACCCGGCAGCAGUACCAGAACGCCGUGAUGGCCUCUCGGAUGGACAAAACGCCCCAGUCUUCAGAUAGCGAGAACACUAAAAUUGAGUUGACUCUCACAGAGCUUCCCGAUGGCUUGCCGGAUGAGACGGCAAACCUGCUCAAUGAGCAGCAGAACUGUGUUGCGCACAACAAAUCCAAUCACACUGUGCACAACGAGGGCUCCAUUUAGCAGAGGGAGGUGGCACCCCUGCCCCGCUCCUCGCUGCCUCACACCCCUGGUCCCUCCAGGAGGGCCGCAGGACAGCCAUCAUUGCGUGCAUGCCCGUACGGAUGAGCCUAACGUUUGAGACCAAAGAGUUUUGGUGCCCCUUUCCGACUUCAGGGAGCCAUGGGAGACGAUCGCAGAACACAAAGGACACAAACUGAGCAAGCAAACAAAACGGUGAGUCAGAGACAGCCAGCCAGUGAUGAGGGUUGAAUUCCACUUUGAAAAAUACCGGGAACCAUGUUUUCAUUUAUUUAUUGUGUUGUAUCACUCAUAUCUAUGUUUUUAGAUUUUUCCAAAUGAAUUUUUGUGUUUCUUGACCUGUGAGGAUCUUUAACUCCCAUAGCGUGUUAAUGUUGUUCUGAUUUUUUUUUGUUUUUGUUUCAAUCCAGGCCUGAGGUACAGUAUCUCUUUUUUUUUUUACUUUUUGGAAAUGAAGUAGAUAUAACGUUUUUUUUAAAUAUGUAUGAUUCUUUUUCAGUAAGUGCAAUGAACUUUUAUUUAAAAUUCUAGGAACUAUAAUAUAUAUUAUAAAUGAAAUUGUAUAGAAAGGCUAUAUAUAUGUGUGUGGUAUAAUAUACAUACAGUACUUUUAUGUAUGUAUAAGGUUUUGUAUCGCAAGUAAUUUUAAGGUUAUUUGAUAUGAAAGCCCACUGUGAAAGAUUGCAAUCAUUUCAUUGAGAAUGCAGUGCUGUAAGCUAGGCGUGUCUAGCCUUCUGAACUAGAGAGACUCUGCAACGCCUCUAUUUGUGGAUCGUACACCAUUGGUGUACUGUAAGUGCAAUUGUGUGAUUUACUAACCUUCCCCUGGAUUGUGCACAAGCUCUGUCUAUCCCAGUAGCUCCCUUUAAAGUGUUUGCCAGUAAGUUCAUGAUUUAACUGGGGUUCGAAUGGCAGGUGUACUAAAACAAGUUGCCAGCGUGUUAUCAUUACCAUCAUAGCUGGUCAGCUUGUAGCUUACAGAGCUAGUCAAAACUGCAAUCAGUCGAGUUUGGAAGAGCUUUUUUGUUAGAAACCAGUUGAUAGCUUGAGGGGAUACCGAAGUGUAAAAAAGUGAUUUUUUCAAUCAAAUUUAAUAAUGUGCCAACCACUUGAAAAAAAAGAGACGCUCAUCCAAAGUCGAAUGAACAAGUUCUGUGUACCUGUAUGUGCAAAAAUCAAAAGCACACCAGCAGAAACACUUCUUUUUCUCCACUUGUAUUGAAAUCCCAGUCAUUACAUGACAAGAUCACAUGAGAAUCUGAAAUAAAAACACUAAAAAUAAUUAUUCUAUCAGAAGACAAGGUGGGAUAGCCAGAACUCAUGCACCAAGGAAUACUUCCUAUACUGCAUAAACUAUGGGAGAAUGCCUCCAACGAGAACCAAAGCCAUUUUUGAGUAGUAAAACAUCUGUUAGUUUAUCUCUGCGUGGGACAAACUUGACUAUGCAUGGACAAUCAUAUUCAAGACCAGGUUAGAAUCCCCACAAAUUUCAGUGAACAAAUCAUCAAAACUAGAUAUUAUGCAUGAAUGUCUCAGAUUGCAUGGGACCCCUUUUUUGUACGCCUGGCAAGAAUACAUCUUGUGGUAUUCUCUCAGUAGUUUAGGAGCACCCCCUGUAAGAAGUGGUAGUAUAUUUUUUCUAAAUUUCAGAUUUCCGAUAGCGCUUACUGUUGAUGUACAGUAGGGCCUUGUGGCAGUUAUCUUUGACUGUGUUGCUGUGGGGGUCGUGAAGACACAUCCAAUGUACUACAACAUUAGAAAAAAAAAACACAUGUGCAGAGGAACAAUUCUGAUCGAGUCUUCCAUUUUUUUCCCCGGAAAGAAAAGAUUGAAUAUAAUCUCUCUCAAUUGGAAUUUAAUCCAGAAAGAUGUGAAAGAGAUGUGAGUGAGUGCAUCAGUGUACCGAUAACAAUGCACUUUCCUUGUAAUGAUAUUCAGGACAGUUUCCCCUUCAAGUCAGUGGGUAAUUCUUACUAUACCUGUGAGGUGCGCCAGAAACCACAGAAGUCUAAAAAAGACUUUUUCUCAAGGUCCUACUCAACUGUUGCUGUCACUGGUAUGUGUUUUAAUAAGAUGAAGUACAGUGUUCUUCAGCUGGCCCUCUGGGCAUUCCCAGAGACCUGGCAGGGAUCACAGUUGCUGAUUCCUAGCAGGCUUUUCUGUUUGUUACCUUUCCACUAGCAGAGCCCAGUCUACCCAAGCACUGUGUUCACAAAUAUGAGGAAACGAGCAAUGAUGUGAUUUUACUGGGAAUUUUUAAUUUGCUGUCUUGGUAUGGUCAGCAAAACAGGCCAUGAAGUUUUAAAAAUGAGCCUGAUGUGUUUCAAUUAAUUUCCACUGUCUGAAAGUGUCUUUUCAUCGCUGUGAAGGUCUCCUUUAAUCUUGUGUGGAGUUCAGCUCUGUCUACCAAGUGUUUUAGCUGGGAGACAAAGGAACAAGAAAGGUGUCAAAGCAAAGGAAAAUUUAAGAAUGUAAUACUAAUCGCUAAUUAAAUCUUACAGCAAAAUUAUUUAAAAAAUGUCAAAAUCCACAGUCAAACUUCCAUUACCACUUUAAUAGCUUCAACAAAUGGUCAUUAUUCAUGGGCCUAGUUUAAUCUGUGCCGUCUCUCCCUGUCAUUUAAUUGGUUAAUUCUAAUGAUUUAUAUCCAGGGUUGACAGAUCUAUAUAGUCCGUGUGAUUCAGGAGUGUUCAGUCAGCAGAGCACUACAUAACUUUCUCUUGUAAAACCUGUUAGAAGAGUGGUACAGUACGUAAUGUUAGCGGACAGCCUGAGGAACUACCUCUCUGGGCGUGUCUGUGUGAAUAGAGAUCUACAGUACCACAUCAGUCUCCAUGUUUACAAAAAAGUCUUAAACUGUCCUAUUAUGUUGUUUUAAUCUAAUAUGGGCCAUAUAAAUCUUAAAUUAUACUGCUGCUAAUAUCAUGAGACCUAAGUUUAAUUUCUGCACAAUUCUUCAUAAACUGCUUGGGCUGUUUUUAUAACAGUCUGCAAGUGCUUCUCUUAUGAGUUUAAUAUGAGUUCAUUUCCACCUUGUAUCACCGUGGAAGGGUGCUGUCACUGAGCACACCUCUGGAGACUGCAGUUUGUGCUCUCACACAGGACAGGUGAAGUGGAUAGCUUUUGAUUCCUUGUCUCAAAGGACAUGUAGGAGCACAUAUAAUAUGUGAGUCCCACAUGAUGUGUGCACUGUAAGGACUGGUAUACCUCUUGCAGAUGGUAGUUAGAUAGAAUAAGGUCUUGAUUGAUGGAGAGUGUGCAAUGUAAGAUGGGCAAUGUUUAUGUUUCAUAUUCUGCAUAUCUGUAAAAGCACUUCCCAGUGCUGCCUUGGUUUUCUCUAUUUUAUUUUAGAACAUUUAAAGUUGCACUUUUGUUCCUCACAGGUAUGAAAUGAUGUAGUUCAACUUUUUAAUUAAAGUGAUUGGGUUCAAGCCAUACAUAAAGAAAUCAGAUAGUGAUUGAAAUAGAUGCGUACUUUUCAUAAACUGUGCUUAGAAAUUCUAAUAGUAAGAAAACAAUCAAUUCAGUUGCACUACUUAAAUUAUUUCCUAAGAAACUUGCUGUCUUAUUCCUCCCAAGUGACUUCCAGUUUUCAAAGAAGGGGGUGGAAAUGCAUUUCUUGACAUUAACCGCCUGUCGACUAAGGGUGGGCUGUCAUUGUUUGCACAUUAUAUGAAGCCUGUUGUAAGGUUUAUCUUGUGUUUUGGACCCAUGAACACUGUGAAGGUGAACUGACAGCUGAAGCAGGGGUGAGCAGAACUAUUGACACUGCAUAUGUAAAAUGUGGAGAUGCGCUCUGAGACUUUUAGUUUUAAUCCAACUACUGUAAUUAUUAUUUUAUUAUUGUGGGAUGCCUCACAGCUCAUAGGUUGGAUUGCAGCCUGGGACACCAUCUGUGGAGUUUGCAUGUUCUCCCAUGGCCAUAUGGAUGUUCAGUGGGUGCUCUGGUUUCCUCCCGUAGUCCAAAGACAUGCUGUUUAGGUUAAUUGGUGUCUCUAAAUUGUCUCCCUGUGCAUGUGUACACAUGCGUGCCCUGAGCUGGAUUGACAUCCUUCCUUGUGCCAAGUGUCUGCCGUGUUAGGCUAUGGCUCACUGCUCCCCUGUAUUAGAAUUAGUGGUUACUGAAAGUGAAUGGAUAUCUGGUGGAAUUUAUUAAUGAUUUUGGGGUUGUAACUCUUGAUCACGUUUACAGGGAUGCAAAAUUAGACGUUAACCUACUGUAUUUCCUUUGCUGUGAUUUUAUCACGACUUGUAAUUUACUUGCAAGUUACUGAUUCAUGAAUCCCUUUCACUUUAUAGUGCAUUCUCUUAUGACACACACAACAAUGAGCAUAAAAAAGUCAAUUUCUCCCUCUUCUUUUCUGGAAACCCCUGCAUUGUCUGAAAUGAUUUUUUAAAUAUAUAUCAAGUUCUGAUACUCACCAGUAUGUGAUUGAAAUUUCAGUAAAAGACAAGUUUUCUUCUUACAAGAAUGAGGAUCCUGUAGUUUUUACUGUUUCCUUAGUGUUCAUCAGCUGGAAAUAACUAUUGGGAGAUUUUGUUUGAAAUGACCCUGAGUUGUGCUUUCAGUGCCAGAGCCAUUAUUUGAAAGUGGUGCAAUGAACAUAACUGCUGCUGAAAGGGGAUUUUGAGACCAAAUGUGAAACUCUUUGCUUAAAUCCCUACUGUAUCUCUUUCUCUCAGUGUGGUGGCUGUUCGCUUCUCCUGGAUCCUGCUGGUUUCUUGUCUUGUUGUCCAUUGUCGCUGUCUUUUGAUAAACACUAAAUGCAUCACUUUAUUUUGAUUCCGUGCAUCACUCAGCUGAUGUAAGAGAAUAUUCUUUUUCACUGGCUAAAAAGAAAACAAAAUGAAGAAAAAAUGGUGCUUGUUGCCUAGUGACAGCUGAGAGGUUUCUCUCCCAAGUGACAGAUGGCAUGUUUUUUUUUCUUAAUCACGUGCUAUUAAGUUUUCAGUCUAUUGCUGCGAUAGAGCUGAUCUUUGUUGUGCUGAACUCUGCUGUGUUCUGCUUUAUUUCUGUUAGUCAGUCCACACUGUUAAAUGGAGGGAUUGUGCUGCUGAAACAGUGGAAACUGACAAAGGAGCCUGUCUUCAGAUUCACCUGACAAAUGUGUCUGUGUAGAACAACUUAGGUCUUGUUUUUAUUACCAAUGUCCUCACAUAAGCUUUUAAAGGAAGUACAGAUAAUCAAAGUUUAAUAAUGUCAUGCUUAUUGACAGUAAAGAGGCAUUUUAUGGGAUUGUUUUUAACCGAAUUGAAAGAAUACAAUACCUACAGUACUACCAUAUGUAUAUGUCUUCAGGGUUAAUUUGCUGUAGUUUUCAAUGCACAUUAUUUAAAUGUAUAUAGAUAUCCUUCCAUACUCAUAACUUCCCACAGCAGGUGUUGCAGGUGGAAGCCUUGUUAGCAUUUUGUACAAGGAUGUCCAUUUGAUGAAAGCUUAUUCCUUGGUGGCUGACCAGGUCUUAUGGGAAAUAUUUCAGUAUUGUUAAAAGCUGCUGUAUUUUAAUAUUAUUUUGAUGUAUCUCAACACACUCUUCUGUAUUUGAUUUUAUAUUUGUCUUCUGAAAAUGUUUUGCACAUAGCCAGAUGUAUCCAAAAAUCACAAAAUCAGUACAACACUAUAUAGAAACUUAGUCAAACCUACAGCUUGUUGAUUUGCCAAAAAUAAUUUCAUUCUGUUCCCAGAAGAUGUAUUUACAAAAACAUAGAAUUGUCUAAUGUUAAUGAUAAUUGAUGCAACAUAUUCUAAACCCCCAAACCAUAUGCAUUAUUAAAAUAAAUUUGCUAAUAUUAUGUGCACAUUUAGUUGCCUAUUAAAAUGAUAUAUGCUUCCUUUUCCAUUCAGAACCAAUUACCUGAGGUUUGAUCCUUCUCAGUGAACAGAUUUCAGUGAGUUUUGUUGAUAGUGUGGAUCACAAACCAGUAUCUGUCAAUAUUUUUCCUGAUUUGCCUUUUUCUAUUUGUGACUAAAAUUGCUACACAUCAAGCUGGUCUUUCAUGUUCCGUCAGAUGUCACAGAGUCACUGGCUCCCUGUAUCAUAUUGUACAAUACAGCAUUUCAGAAGUGUAGUAUUCUGAGUGCCAUAUUCAGAACUGUAUAUAUUACUCUGAAAUGAAGCACAAUGGAUAUAAUGAAGUGUAAGGAUUCUGAGGCUGAUUGUUUCUUUAAAACAAACUUUAUAAUUAUUUGAAUGACAUUGUAGAUUUACAAUCUUCUAUUUAUUUUGUACCUGA